CCGCGAGUAUCAAGUUCGAUUCUCCAAGUUCUCUACAAAUUCUCCAUGCUUUGCUAUAUCUAUAUUUCCCACCCAGCAUAAGGACCGGAAAGGUCUCGCAUUGAGUCAUGGCUGAGAAUCCCUAUCCCUAUGAUACCAAUCUUGUGAGCGAGAUCCUCAAGCACAAGCGCAGGAGUCGGAGUAUCCGGUCCUGUUUUCCGUGUCGCCAUCGCAAAGUCCGUUGCGAUGGGCAGGUCCCUUGUUCUAGUUGUGUCAAGCGCAACCACGCCGAGCUGUGCCGGGUUCCGACCUCUUCCCGCACUGAAAUACAGGAAGAAAACAGGACAGUCGCGAGACCGCAACAGUUGGGAAGCGGCGUGAAUAGGGAGACUUCAUACCAACCGGAGGAAUCCUUCAACUUUCCGGACCCAACGACACUCAUAUCUAAAUUGGAAAAAAUCGAGGAGCAGAUUGCAUCUCUGAAAGCCGAUCUUCGAGCGACAAUGUCUGCGGCUACCGCUACAGUGGCAUCGCCCUCUAUUUCCCCUGGUGUAGCUGAUGGCGAGCUGAAGGCCAAUGAUGUUCAUAGUGACCUCCGCAGCGGGUUACCUGGGCGCCAUGUUGUGGAAGACGCCACCGGAGCAACCAUCUUUCUCGGGAGCCGUUCAGACACUCCUCUGGCUCUCGGAUGUCGUGAGGCGCUGGGCUCAGGAAAUAUGAUGCUUCGAAAUGCGAUGACUGAUCAGUUUGUCCCACGCGCAUAUCCGUUUAUUAGCCUCUGGGGGCCAGAUGCGACAGCCAAGGAGGUCUGCGAGACUCUACCAGACGACUCUGACAUUAUACGAUACUGGCAAGCCUACCAGUCAACUGCCUAUCCAUUUUACCCGGUAUUAGUGGCAAUCGAUAAAUUUGGAGAGGGGCUGUUCACGUUCCUGAACCAGCGAGCAUCUGCACAAGAAAACAAUGGAGAAUUAUUAACUCCACACUCCUCAUGGCUGGCUUUACUGUUUGCUGUAUUGGCGUGCGGCAUACAUUUUUCAGAGGACCCUAUUGAAGAAAGGGACCUGCGUUCAAAGGUCUUCAUUUGCUCUUCCUUCCAAUGCCUCCGAAUAUCUGACUUCUUCAAUCACACCGAUCUUGACCAGAUACAGGCCAUGGCCCUGAUCGGGCAUUGUUUGCGCAAUAAUCUUGACACUAACAGCGCCUGGAUUCUCAUGGGCGCGACAAUCAGACUAGCUCAAAGUAUUGGCUUACACGAGUCGUCUCCUUUGAUGCCACCAAGAGAACAACUUCAACGGAGUCGCCUUUGGUGGACUUUGAUUUGGCAGGAUACGUUCCUUUCUUUCACUUACGACCGCCCGCCUAGCUGCUCCCUCACUAGAAACUGCCCCAUGCCGUCUGGCUCCUCAUAUUCCGGUCUAUCAUUCCAGGAGUGUAUCUUCAAGUUAUGCCAUGUUAUUCUUGAACAAACGGCAACCGAUGCCAACAGGGCCGAGUCUACGCGAGCAGCCAGUACAAGUAACUACAAACGGCAGCUCGAGGGCAUCCGAGACACAGCAGCGCAACAUCUUAUCAGCAAACCUCACUGUAAGUCUCUUCAGGAUCACCUUGAACGUCUAGCCCUAGGCAUCCAUUUGGGAUAUGCCAUCUGCCGUGUCAUCCAGCUCUAUAUCGAUUCUGGGAUAGCAGGUAAUGCUACAGACACUAUGAUAGUGGAGUGCAAGCGGGAAGCUAUGCAAGUGAUUCAAUGCUUCUUGGAAUUGCAUCGCUUCUCGGCUAGGGUAUGUCGAUCAUGGUCAUUUGUUCACAAUGCAGUGAGCUGUGGGAUUACCUUGCAAAAUCUCAAUCAUGUGCCCGUGGAUGUUUCUCUGAACUCUGAGACUCUCGUCCAGCGGCUACUUACGGUGCUGGAGAAGGAGGCUAGGGAAUCAGAGUGGUGCGAUACGGAUCUCAACGUCCGACAUUUUGGCCCGUAUUCACGACUCCUCAAGGCUAUGAAGGAGAUUUAUGGUGGUCACCACAGAUCAUAAUAUCAUUUUCUAAUGCUACGCUUCCUAUACAGAGUGUCAAACACGGCGUUUUGCCCUGACGUAAAAGUUCAGCGGACGGAUCAACUGGAACUCAGGAUCAUAAUCAAUGGCAUCCAAUCCUUCCCGCACAAACUCAUACCGGCUCACCAGCUCGGAGAGGAGGAUCUUUACUUCCAAAAGUGCAAAGUUGAACCCGAUACAACCGCGCGGGCCUGCUGCGAAUGGAACAUACGCACAGCGAGGCAAACUCUUUACUUCCGUAUCCCAUCGAUCAGGAUCAAAUCGGAAUGGAUCUCGCCAUACCUUUGGGUUUGUAUGUAUCGCAUACAGCGCAGGGACAAUAACGCUGCCUGGCGGAAGACGGUACCCUCCAGGAAGGAUGACAUCCAUCUUGCUGGUCCUGCCAGGCUGGAAGGAGGCAUUGUGCAGUCGCUGCGUCUCCUUCACAAACUUAUCAAGAUACGGCAGACUGUGUGCGAGAUCUGGGGUCCAAUCUAUUUUGUUGCACUCGCCGCCGUUGGCACCGACUACCCCAUACUCGGCGAGCUCUUGGUAUAAACGGUCUUGCGUGCCCUCGUACGUGACUAGGCAGUAUAUCAGCCAGGAGAGCAGCGCGGACGUGGUGGUGAAACCGGCGCCCGUGACGAUGAGCAUGUUGGCCAGCGCCAAGCCUUGAGGAAAGUGUUCUCCCUUGUCGUCGACAGCGUGGAGGAGAUAAUCCACGACACAAGAUGCACUGAGUGCAGCUUUAUUCAUGGGAGCAUCUUUGCUGUUUGAACGAGCCGCGACUUCGUCAAUGGCCUCCUGGAGCAGCGAGUAGAUGGUAUGCUGGACGUGGCGGAGUCGGGCCGGGUCUCCAAAUGGCAGAUGGCGAUACCAUUCGCCUCUCGCGGUUAUUUUCUUGUUCAAGGACAACAAAGUGGCAAUAUUUGUGACAAUAGGAUGCAACUGGGUGUCGACAGACUUGAAGUGACCAAACUCUUUGCCGAGAGAGAAUGACCCGAUAGUCUCGGAGGCGAGCUUGACCAUGAACUGGUAGACGUUCCAGGACUCGUCGCGUGAAUCCAGCUCAUCAAAGAUAGGCAAAGACUUGCGCACACAUUUUUGCAUAAGGGGCGUGUAGUGCCUGACAGCCUUGGGUCCCAUUGAUGGUGGAAGAUACUUGUGGGCAAGACGCCAGUUCUCUGUUUCCGUGUCGCCGAUGAAAAUGGCAGAGUUGUCUUUGACACCCCAGAGUGGGUGAUUCUCGUUGAUCUUCUUGGUCAUAUAGAUGGACUCGGCGAAGCAGACUGCCGCAACUUGAGGGCUAUCCGUGAGAUAGGUCGUCUUGCCCAUGUUGGUGGUUUUAAUGACUGGGCCGUACUUCCGGAAGAGUCGAUAGUGGUUUCCCAGGUGGUCAGGGAAGAUUUCGUAGAAGCUGCCAACCAGAGGAAGCCCUGGAGGGCCUUGAGGUGACUGGACCGCAUUACCGUCAACGCGGAGGCCAAUGGGUGUCGUGGCUGAGCUUGUGGCCGACACGACAUCCUCAACGGAGGAGAGGGUUUCAGAGUCAGAGGUAUGGAAAGAUAUGCCUGAUCUCGGUUAGUAUGUCUUGCUGGAUCUGUUACUUUGAUGACCUACCUAAAGGCUGGACAACGUGAAAGGCAAGUCCGACCGCGCGUUGCAAGUCCUCGAACUUCCAACGGGAGUCGAUAUCGAUUGCUUGUAUCCUGGAGAUCUCGUCCCCGACGAGAUAGAAGUGAUGCUGCACGGUAGGAGGCCUCAUAUUUUAACGCGCUUGCUUUCUUUGUAGUAUGACGAGGUACUCACUGGCAAUCGAUCUCUUUAUAGUGCGACUUUUUGCAGAUUGAUU